CUGAUCGGAUCAAUUGGCAGUGAUGGGUCGGUUGGCUCUGUGUGUUUUGGCCCUGUUCGUGGCUAGCGGGGUCUCUACUCCCGGCAAGAAAUGGCAGAAAACUGUUGAUCGAACAAAUUUGGAACAUCAGCAACAGCUUCUGCUUUUAUUCCUUCACCCUCACGAGCCAAUCCACGUUCAAGAAUUACGAGAUAUAGUUACAUCAUGGGAUUUGGAGAAGAAUAUCGGCCUUUACAAUAAUGCCACUGCCGUUCAUCUUACUGUCCGCUUGCUCCAGAAUAAUGACUUCUUACCUAAAUCUAUGCCGUUUACUAUUUUAGAGCCUUUCCACAAAUUUGAAGUAUCGGUUUAUUAUAACCUACUUUAUUCAGCUAAGACGUACGAUACGUUCUACAAAACUGCUGUAUAUUUAAGAGAGCACGUUAAUGAAAAUCUCUUUGUGUACGUACUUAGCGUUGCAAUUCUCCACCGACCCGAUACUCAAGAUAUUAGAAUCCCACCAAUCUAUGACAUUCUCCCCUCUUACUUCCAAAAUGGUGAGAUUAUGACUACAGCCCAAAGAAUUACUACUCAUGGUAGCCGAAUGGUUGAACACUACCCUUCAACUUAUAUUUGGGAUAAUAAUGUAGUCAUUAGAUUGAAUGAAACCGCUUGGCCAUAUUUCCACUUAGAUUCGUUGCCAGUCAGUUACUUUACUCAUGACCCAACUCUGAACGCACUAUAUUAUAACGUGAAACUUGCGUAUCCAAUAUGGCUUCGAAGUGAAUCUUCUUCGAUAAGAGAGAAACGUGGUGAAGUGUUCUAUUUCUUCACCAAACAAAUUCUGGCUCGAUAUUACAUGGAGCGCUUGUCAGUUGGUCUUGGCGAGAUUCCAGUACUAGGUGUGCAUGAAGUAGAGGAAGGAUAUACUUCUGGUUUAUUGCAUCACAAUGGUAUUCCAUACCCAGUGAGACCUAAUCACUUCGUACUAAAUCAUCAAACUUGGCAUUCCGAAGCAAUCGAAGAAAUCGAAAUAUAUGAAAACCGCAUCCGUGAAGCGAUCGACCAAGGUUAUUAUAUUACGAGCACUGGUGAACAUGUUAGCAUUACUAGUCCGGACUCUAUUGACGUUCUUGGGCGUCUUAUUGAAGCUAACGUAGACUCUCCUAAUAUUCGGUACUAUAAAGACUUCAUCAGCAUUUGGAGAAAGGUUCUCGGAAAUUCCAUUGUUCAUGAACCAGUUUAUCGUAACGGUGUACCUUUAGUUGUUCCCUCUGUACUGGAACAGUACCAAACAGCUCUCCGAGACCCAGCAUACUACAUGAUCUUACAGCGCGUGCUUAACUUGUUUGAACUGUGGCACGCACAACUCCCAUAUUAUACUACAGAAGAAUUAUUGGUUCCAUCAGUCCAGAUCCAAAAUGUCGAGGUGGACAAGUUGCUAACUUACUUCGAGUAUACAUACUUGAAUGUCUCCAACCAUCUUCACUUGAAUGAAAUUGAAAGCCAAAAUGUUCACAAUACCAAGAGUGUGUUGGUGCAGCGAACUCGUCUGAAUCACAAAGUGUACACUGUACGCGUCAAUGUUAAGAGCGACGUGGCCAAACAUGUCACUGUCAGAUUCUUCCUGGCUCCGAAAUACGACAGCUUGGGACACGAAAUACCGCUACAUAUCAACUCACAGAACUUCCUAUUGAUCGACAUAUUCGACUACGAAUUGAAAGCAGGCGACAAUUUGAUUACACGUCUAUCUACGGACAACUUAUUGGUCACUGAUGAUUAUGAUAGUGUUUCUGAUCUUAUCAACAACGUUGACAGCGCGUUACAUGGACAAGGACAGUACAUUCUUAACUUGAAACAAAACAUUCUCAAAUGCCCUAGAAACCUUCUUAUACCUAAAGGUCGUGUCAGUGGAAUGCCAUUCGUGCUUAUGGUGUACAUUUCCGAGUAUCACGCGCCCAAUGAUGUUCAGCGUUCUUCGAUAGAAUCCAGCACUAUUGAUGGCACGAUCCGUUUGACGAGUGAUCCACUGGGUUUCCCAGUAGACCGCCCCCUACGCCCUUGGAUGCUUACGGGAGUUAACAAUAUUUACUUCGAAGACGUCCAAAUCUUCCACAAACCUUCAACUGAAGUCUCCGGCGUUACAAUGCAUGUUGAAUAAAUGACUGAGCGCUGUCUUUUGUAGCUACUAUCCAUUAAUUAUUAUUUAAUUCGAUCCACUGUCUACAUAUCUGCUAAUAGCAAUGUCAACUUAAAAUACUUCUUAUAUUUAUGUAAUAGAAAAGUAACAAAACCGACAGAAUAGUUAGCGUAUAUUAUACUUAUAUAAUUUUAUUAAUGUAUGUAUCAAUUGUUUAUAUUUACUUAUACUUUAUUUUUAUAAUAAUACUUUUACAAAUUAAAUAAAUAUAUAUUUUUUGUUUAACAAAGGGAUAUCCAAUGUCUGUAGUAACCUAAUAUUAUAUUUUUUUUACAUUCAUACAAACUCUGUAUUCGUAAGCAUUUAAAAUUAUGUUAUUAUAUAUAUUUAUGUAUUAGGUAUUUGUAUUGAACAUCCGUCUUUCAUCGCAUAUUUUAAGACAUAAUUUGCACUUCAAACAUAUACCCAUGUUCAUAAUUAUUUAUAUAAUUCUUUCAAAUAUUUAAAAUACAUAUAUAGUACAUUUUCUUUUCAAUAGCAUUAGUACAAAAUGACACAUUACCAAUCAGCUAUCAGAUCUCAAAUGGUCACAUAUACAUAAUAGGUAAAUAUACAAAUGUUUAGAUACUAUUAAAAAUAUAUAAAUAUUGAUAAAUAUAUUUAUACAGAAGUAGUAUAUUAGUACCUCUACUAUUUAUUGCAUGUAUUUAUGAUAUGCAUUAAUGUAGGUUGAUUUAUUUAUGAGUUAGCACGUAGAAAUAAAUAGAUAUUUCAUGAUUAA